CCCGGCCCUCAUAUUGAACGGGCCAAUGGGAACUGCGGUUUCAGGUCGCCAUAGAGACCGAUGCUGUUAAAAGCAAGAGGGCCUGUGGAAGGAGGGGAAUGAAGAUGAAGGUGUCUUCGGCCUCCAGCGCGGAAAGAGAUGGAAGCAAGAAGUACUAAGGGAUUCCAGGGCGCUGGCUCUGAAAUUUGGAGCAGAUAUGGAAAACAGGGAUAAGAGAGAUUGGCCAUUCAUGACAAUUCAGAGAAAUGCUAGCUCAGAUAAUCUGGUAUUCUGUGUGAAAAAUGGGAUGAGAAGAAUCAAGUAUAAGCCAGUAGACUAUCAAGAGCUACGUGCAUUAACUGAAGCAAAGAAAUUAGCUUCUGCUUCUAUAGAGAAAAAGAUCAGAAAAGUAGUGGAGACUUCGCAAAUAUCUAAAGAGCAAAUGCUAAUCAAACAACACAAACAAGUGUGGUGGCAGGAACACCAACGGCUAAAUGAACUCAGAUAUAAGCUGGAAUCUGAAAUAAAAUCUUUUCUCAAUGAAGAGCACAUUGGAAACGAGUGUCUUUGUGAAUUUAUGAAUUUUGAACAAGAAUUAUCAAAACAAUUGAGAACAUACCUUAAAGAUGUGAUAGAUCCUAUUCAUCAGCUGAGAGCAGAUCUGCAGUACAGGCUGCACCACACCUUACAGCGUUCACGCCAGCAUAUGGUGUUUAACUCAGGCCCAGUACUGGAAGAAGUUGACUUUGUGAAAAAACAAUUAAAGGCUGUCUUUGCAAGCCUUAGCCAGGAGCAACAGAAAAUAGAAAAUGAGCUUUCAGACUGGAGUAUGAAAGUAAUCAAUUAUUCUUUAGAAGAAAAAACUAACAUACUUAGUGAACUACCUACAGAAUUAGAAAGUUUGGAAUGCCCAUACCCUGAAUUGAAAUCAUCAAUCCUUAAUGAGUUCUGUGAUUUUACAGAGAAAUAUCAAAAGAAACUUCACGAGUUUGAUCUGCAGUUAGCAGACAUAUACAGAAACUUCCAACUAAGUGAAGAAGAUCACUGGAUUUACCAGGCUGUUUUAGAUCAAUAUCCUGGAGAUCUUGUUGGCAGAAGAACUCUGUAUCUGGACAUGUUACAAAGAUAUUUUCCUCACAAAUCUAGGCAUGAUUUGGUAGAGCAUGAGAAAUAUUGUGACCAAUAUCACUUUGCUAAGGAGCAGGAAAGGAUCUUGAUUGAAAAUUGGAAUAAGAACAGGAAAGACUUUAUACAGAAGGCAAUGCUGACCCUCCUUGAGGCCUGUGCCACUUAUGAAAUGGAAAGCACAUUGGCAAAGGACAGGAAAAAGCAACAGGAACUGUGUGCUGAUCUGAAAGCCAAGGUUUUUCGAUGGCGAGCCCACCAGGAAGAGUUAGCAAGACUGGAAAUGGAAAUUUCUGCCAGAAGAAGAGAAAAGGAAGAGGAGAAAGAGAGAUUGUGGAGGAAGAAGGAACUGUUGAGAAGGGAAGAGAAGAAAAAAAAGAUAAGAAAAUAUUGGGCUAAGAAAGAACAGAAAUGGCAAGAAAUGGAAAUGAGAGAAGUUCAGCGCCUAGAAGAACUGAAGAAAUUAAUGGCUGAACAGUCAGUAAAAGACAGAGAAAGGGUUCAAUAUAGACAAGCAUUACUGGAAAAGCGUUUGAUGGAGCAGAGAGAAGUGGCUCUUCAAGAUGCACAUGAGGAGGAAGAGAGAGAGAGGCGACUUGAAGCCCUUAGGAAACAGGUUGCUGUUGUUGCUCAAUGUGAUCCUGUUAGAAUGAUGUCAGAUACAAUAGCAUCAAAAGCUAAGAUGGGUAUUGAUAUGGAAGAAGAGUUUAUUCUUCACAAGCCACUCUUCACGCUGCAUACAUACAAUGAACAGCAGAUAAUUUCUGACCCUAGACUUCGCUUUGAAUUAGCACUUCGAGAAGCUGGACUUCAUAAAACAUUAUAUGCCAAAGAGAUAUUACCAAAAAUCAAUCCACAAAAACCUCCAAGAAAGGACAUGGAAUCUACUGUUUUUAAAAUCUAAGCCUCAUGCUAAAAUUCCAUAAUAUGUAAACAAGAUUUUUCUUUGAGAACAUUUAUAUGGAUAACAAUAAUUACCAUUUUCUAAAAUCUCAGACAUAGAAAUCAUAUCAUCUGCUGAAACAACUUUGCCCUUCUUUUAUGAUGGUUAAAAUUUUAUGUACCAUCUCCUAUAUUUUAUUUUUAUUUUUUAUUUUUUAUUUUUUUGGUACCAG